AUGAAAAUAGGAAUAUCUAAAGUGCAAUGUAUGGUUGAGCCGUCCUUCGCGAAGGCCGCGUGCCCAGUGAAGAGUGUGAGUGACCUGUCAACCGGCGAGCGCGCGCCUCGUGCUGCGCCCGCGCCGCCAUACGCCAUGUUAAUUACUACGACCAGUGCCAGUAUGAAACGUGACGACCUUGAACAAAAUGCCAGAAUUAAUUCUCUACGUUUUAUUGUA